GGCACGGGGAUAAUAUCCAAGGACAAUAAAUACUUUUAGAGAAGACUCUGGAUACUCGUUUAUGUAGUGUAGCGUUUUCCAGCACAGCACACGGGAUGCGAGCGGAGCGGCGAGACUGGACUUUCGUGCUUGCCGUAGGUUCCUGCGGGGGUAACCAUGGCUACAGCGCAGAGGCGGCUAGUUUGCGCUAAGCUAACUGGCUAACGCUAACUGUUUUCAUUAAUUCCUCAAACAGCCAGGCGGGGCUUUAGCUCAUUAGAUCAGCUGAUUGAUCAGAUUCAGUCAGUUCGUGGCUGAGGUUUAUAUAAAGCUAGGUCAGUUAACUCGUUCCCGGGAUUUGUGUGUGUUUAUAGAAGCGGGAGAUGGAUCAAUACAGUAUUUUAGGUAGAAUCGGGGAAGGAGCUCACGGCAUCGUUUUUAAAGCGAAACAUAUCGAGACUGGAGAGACGGUGGCUUUAAAGAAAGUGGCCCUACGAAAGCUGGAAGAUGGGAUUCCUAACCAAGCUCUCAGAGAAAUUAAAGCUCUUCAGGAGAUUGAAGACAACCAAUAUGUAGUAAAGCUGAAGGACGUGUUUCCUCAUGGCACAGGCUUUGUGCUGGUCUUUGAGUACAUGCUGUCUGAUCUAUCAGAGGUCAUUCGGAACUCACAGAGGCCUCUGACCGAGUCUCAGGUCAAAGGUUACAUGAUGAUGCUGCUUAAAGGAGUGGCAUUCUGCCACGAGAACUCCAUCAUGCACAGGGAUCUGAAGCCUGCAAACCUUCUAAUAAGUUCAACUGGUCAUUUAAAGAUCGCUGACUUCGGCCUGGCACGACUUUUCUCCAAUGAAGGAGAGAGACUUUACAGUCAUCAGGUGGCCACCAGGUGGUACAGAGCUCCAGAGCUUCUGUAUGGUGCUCGGAAAUACGAUGAAGGAGUGGAUAUCUGGGCGGUGGGCUGUAUUUUUGGGGAGCUGUUGAAUAACUCUCCCCUGUUUCCUGGAGAGAAUGAUAUCGAGCAGCUGUGCUGUGUGCUCCGGGUCCUCGGAACUCCCAACCAGAAAGUGUGGCCGGAAAUCACUGAAUUGCCGGAUUACAAUAAGAUCACUUUUAAAGAGAAUCCGCCGAUUCCUCUGGAGGAAAUAGUUCCCGACACGUCCCCUCAGGCCGUCGACCUGCUGAAGAAAUUUCUGGUGUAUCCCUCCAAGCAGAGGAUCAGUGCCAGACAGGCUUUACUCCACCCAUACUUCUUCACAGACCCUCUGCCUGCUCAUCACUCAGAGCUGCCCAUCCCUCAGCGCGGAGGGAAGCAUUCCCGGCAGCGGCUGCAGCCCCCGUUUGAGUUCUCCGUGGAUCGGCCCCUUUCAGAGAGCCUGGUGGAUCCCAGCCUGAUCCAGAGGCAUGCGUGGGGGAGUUCAUGAGGCGGAUGAAUUUGCUGAACUGCACUUUAAGAUGUGUUUAUUGCACAGUGACAGGGUUUAACAUUGUUGCUAUUAUUGUUAUAACAUGCAUUUCUGUGCAUAUAGUGGCACGGUCAGACACGGUUGGCUGGAUUGAGUGUUAUAUGCUUAAUGGUGAAUAACUGUAAUUUUACUGGUUGUUUUGUUAUCAGAUUUAAGUCGUGCAUACGCACGUAGUGACUGUUCUAACUGAUCAAGUCUAAAGAAACGAAAUACUGUGAUCUAGCCUUCAAAUUUGUUUUGACCAUAUUGAAAAGAAAAGUCCUAACUUUGGCUUAUUGCUUUUUAUUAAAAAAAAGAUAAAAUAUCACUUUAUUUAUUAAAAUAAAUGUAUUAAAUUUAUUUGAACACGAGGGUACGAUGAUGUCAGAGGGAUGAGGUGAAGGUGAGUACUGUAGUUGAUCACAAAUGUGACCAAGCUAAACAAAAUCUGUAUGACAAAGCUGGACAACCAGAAUGACCAGCGUGACCAAGUUAGUUGACCACCAGAGUGAUGCUGGUUGACCAUAACCUGGUCAAGAGCUGGUUUACCACCAUCACCAAGCUAACUGACCACCAUCACUAAGCUGAUUGACCACCAUCGCCAAGCUGGUUUACCACCAUCACCAAGCUAACUGACCACCAUCACUAAGCUGAUUGACCACCAUUACUAAGCUGAUUUACAACCAUCACCAUCAUUAAGCUGCUUGACCACCAUUCCCUUCAAUUACCAAGCUGGUUGCUCACAAGUUGGUCAGGUGCUGGUUUAUCGCCAUCACCAAUCAGGUUCACCACAGCUGACCACCAGCUAAGCACUGGUUUUCCAACAUCAUUAAGCUGUUUGACCACAACCUGAUCAAGCGCUUUUUGACCACAAGCUGGUCAAGCGCUGGUUUACCACCAUUGCUAAGCUGGUUGACCACCAUUAUUAAGCUGGUUGACCACCAGCUGUUCAUGAGCUAGUUUACAAGCUACCUUACCAGUAAAGGGUAUGUUUUUACCAGCUUUCUGUCCUUCUUGACUAUUAGAGACCAACUCAAACCAUCUAAAACCAACUUGAGCUGAAUUCUUGACCAAGAAAACUAAGAAAGAAAGAAUUUAAACCUUGAACUCAAACAGUGGUCAAAAACUUAAAUUCCUUCUGCAAAGUUUAGUUCCUCAACAAGUGCUUUGUUGCAACAUCUCAGUAUGAACUGCAGCCAGUGAACAGUUUUGUGUUUUGUUCUCCAGCUUCUGAAAGAUACUAAGGAAAUUAAAGAGUUUGUCACUGAA